AUGAACAGCGAUAUGCAGCUCAAAGCCAAGAUUGCACAGGAGUUUGAUAUAGCGCUCGGAGAGCUUUCUUUCGACGACAAGUGGACGUACUAUUAUACGGACGAGAUCCCAGAACACUCAAAAGACCGAAUUAUUCUCUUCAGAGCAUCGCAAUCCUCCCCUCGAAUCGGAUGCAUAAGAGUCAGACACAAAGAGGACAUAAAAAGAAUUGUCUGGGAUAUUGUUGGAAAAGAUGGCAUAUACAUAGGUCUGGUGCCAGCCAACUGCCCAACCGAAGCCAUGCUGGUCGAGAGCAAAUUUAUGAUAUUGAACUAG